UUAUGGUUAGUUAGUUGUAGAACAUUAUUUUAUGUAGGUCUAUUUAACCCAGCAAAUACUUGAUUGGCAGUCAGGUGACUCAGUCUUUGUUUGACACAUCCAUUAUGUCUUUUGGCCUUUAUAUUCAUCUGUUCCCCUGUGUGUUGAUGUAGCUGUUUAAACCAUUUAAACACAUUAUUUAAUUCAUCUCAGGGUUUAAACAGGUCCAUUAGCUGGUUCCCCUGACAGUAAUUUUUCAGUCUAAGAAAUCCAGCCUCAGGUGUGCAUUAGAGCGUGCAUUAGAGAGAAACCUGCACCUGUGUUUGCAAGUCUCCUGAUGACGAAGGAGCAUUACAACUCAUUUUAGAAGGACUGUAUAAAAGAGACCAAGAACAACACACUUCAUCUUGAGCAAAGACAGCAGUUUUAGCAUGGAGUGGAACGGAAGGUUGCUGGUCCAGCUGUUAAUGCUAGUGUGUGUGUUGGAGGUUAGUCUUUGCCAGCACUGGUCAUAUGGUUGGCUUCCUGGUGGAAAGAGAAGUGUUGGUGAAGUGGAGGCAACAUUUAGGAUGAUGGAUGCUGGUGAUGCAGUACUGUCCAUUCCUGCCGACUCUCCAAUGGAGCAGCUCUCACCGAUACACAUAGUGAAUGAAGUGGAUGCUGAUGGUUUGCCUCUGAAAGAACAGAGAUUUCCCAAAAGACGAGGAAGAGUGUAAAAGCAUAAAAGAUUAAGAUAAACCCUCGGAGCCAAUGAGAAUAAAUGAGAAAGGUUUUAAUCCAUGUGAACAGCGUGUUUUUAUUGAGUCCUACUGGAAUAUCCUCCUCAUAUGAUUUUAAUGAAUAUACUGCAUUGGAGGCACAUAUAUAGGCUACUGUAAAUACCUAGUAUGCAUACUUUGUUCAAAAUAAAUAUUAAAUGUGCUCAGAGAUGA